AUGCCGUCGGCUGAGUGUGCCAGCGCGCGCUUGCUGGACCUGGAGGAGCUGGAGUCUGAUCCAGCACCACUUUUCGUCAUUAGAGCGGGAGAAAUAACUCUGGGGUUCGAGUUUCUCUUCUGCAACGAAGCUUUCCGAAAACUCCAUCUCCGCAAUUCCAUAUCAGCCCAGGACAGAGCAGCGCUCCUCUUCCGCUCAUGGGCGCAGGCUUUGAGUGAAUACAAGCCGCGAUAUGACUUUGGCGGUUUAGUCUGGACUGCCGAAAUAUCGGGGCGGAAUGGCAGUUGGAAAGUGGUAAAGGCGAGAGAGUUGGAUACAAAUCAGCAGGAUUCAGCCUCGUUAGGGAAAGAAGCGAACGACAACGAUGACCUCAGUAUGGGUCGGAUACCAGUUUUCACAAGAUCAAAAGCGCAGUUGAUGAGUGAACUCAAGCGCGAAAGAGCAGUGUCACUCAGGAACAUUCCAUACACAAGCCUUCAUGCCAGAUGGGAAAGUAUUCAGACCAUGAUGGAGAUGAGCGAUGUUGGCGUUUUUGAGUAUAACGCAGAGGGAAAGCUAUUACAUGCAAAUGAGGCAUGGUAUAGACUCAGUUCCCAACCCAGAGACGCCAAACCCGACGAGUACUCAUUCAUGGAUCUUGUCUAUCCAGAUGACCAAGCACUAGUAAUGUCCAUGUGGAACACGCUUACCCAAGGGAAAUCCGUUACUUUUGAGAUGCGUUGGAAGGCACGUUCAGGGUCAAAAGACGCUGCGCAAUGGGUACUCUCAGCUUGUGUCCCUGUAUUCGAUGACGAUAAGCAAUUGAUCGGUAUUGCCGGCAAUACAAUAGACAUCAACGCGCAGAAGAAGUCACAAGAAGCUGCACAAGCGCAGGUGGAAGCACUAGAACAAGCGCGGCUUGCAGAAAGGAAGUUUGCACGAUUCGCUCAGACCUCGCCUACAGCUAUAUACAUAUACGUCCCUGAGAGUGGCAUGAAUUUUGUCAACGACCAGUUCUUCGAACUUACAGGCCACGCACAUGCACCUGUCAACCAGUACGAGUGGUUCGAUCUAAUCUCCAACGAGGAUGUGGAGAGAGUAAAGCAGGAUUGGGACGGCAUGCUCAAAUGCGGUAAAUCGAGUGGGGUGCAAUUCCGUUUAAAGAAAACAUGGAUUAACCAAGACGGCAUACGGUCAAAUAUAUGGGUACAAAGUUCGAGUUACCCAGAGCUGGACGAAAAUGGAAAAGUCAUAAGCAUAAUGGGGACUUUGUUCGACAUAUCACAUUUCAAGUGGGCGGAGAGCGUACAGCGGCGUCGCAUAGAUGAGGCGCUGGAAGCUAAACGACAGCAAGAAAACUUCAUUGAUAUGACGUCGCACGAACUCAGGAGUUAG